UUGAAACAGCACGGUUGACAUAUAACCUGCUAUUGCUAAUAUAUAGGGUUAUUCACACAUUCCAUGUUCGGGUAUCAAGAUAUCCAUAUGGAACAAAUGCACGACUCGCAACAAGGUCUUUAUAACUAGACCGAGCCAUGCUUCAACCAUCCCCACCAUCCACGUCCAGUGGUACCCUCAAGAUAGCUGAUUCGGAGUCCGACAGGCACAGGGCUCAUCUGGGCUACGCAGACGUGCUAACACCGUUAUUACGAUGAAAAGCGAAAUGCUAUCGUGUCUGCCAUCUCCUCAUCAUAACCCCAACGAACUGGCCACCGAGCUCCAUCGGCCAAGUGGCUCGUACCAAAGUGAGCUUGGCAUGCUCAAGCAGUGCAUGAGAUGGCACAGGACAAGCCACAAGUAAACGACAAGGUCCCAGAGAUGAUCUGGGUCCAUCAAGUUGAAGACACAUCUACAGCAAAACUCAGAAAGGGGCUAGAUAUCGACGACCUUGUGCGAUGCCCACGCAUCUUGAACAUCCACGUAUCUUGGAAAUUCCAGCCGAUCACGAAUCUGAGCGGGAAAGAUUUUGAGCGCGUAUGGUGGAUAGUGAUAAUCUAUCAUCGCAUCCUCUGGAUCAACGGCAUCCAUCAGUAUGACGUCAGCCCAAGUAAUCUCAUGGUUUACCAGACCCUGAACGGUUUAAUGAUGGGUGUCGUCAUCGACUGCGACUUGUCAUUGCCUGAAAAUGAGUCCGGCGGUCACCAGCGUAUAGGAAUGGUACCAUUCAUGGCGAUCGACCUUAUCACAAAGAAACCCAUCGAGUCUAAGGACAAAACAGAGCCCUUGUACUCGCACAUUACUGAAUCGUUCUUCUGGGUUUUCGUCUGGGUCCGUGUCCAGUAUGAGGAUGGAAAGCUCAGCAAAGAGAGACCGCUCGAUUGCUGGCUCAUAGGGGAUGCUUUUAGUUGCAAGAAGGUUAAAUCUAACCUCUUAAAGUUGUCAAUGGAAAACAGGAUAAGUGCCCCUUCGCCGCCCCAACCUUGCUGGGAGCUCGAUCAAUUUGUCCUUACCUUAAUCGCCUCGUGUUACGUGGCAGAUCGCGAUCCCAUGAUGGAAAGGCCAUGUAUAUUUCGUAGAUGGUUUAGCACGCAGCUACCAUCAUCAAUAGGGUCUGUUAUACACUCGCCAAAAAGCACAUGCUCUUGACCCCAUACCAUUUUAUUGCACGUGCUACGUUGCACUGCUCUAUGACCCUAACUUACGGUUUGCAUCUAUCUGAUAAGUACUAGUAGUACAUUAUAGCCUGUUGGUAACAGAUGUAGUUAUCUUUGUUGUUUUAUUGUUAGAGUGAAGAUUGAAUUAUUGGCGUCGGACGUUGUUCGCCUCUAUCCUCGUACAGCAGUUCGUGUUGUAUACUACCGUACUACGAGUCAGACAUCAAUAACGG